CUGACGCAGCUUGUAUCUAUAGUUUGUUCAUUACGGGUUUGUACCAGACGACACUACAAAAUCCAUUCAGAUGCCAUACUACAAAGAGUUGAAUUAGUUUCCGCCGAGAGGUGUGUAGAACGAUGUAUAGAAGACAUGCAGUAUUGUUUUAUUGCUCAAUUUAUCAAAGACGAAAAUGACUUCCUUGGUGUGUGUACACUUUUCAAUGAGACUAAAGAUGCUCAAAUCCACCCAGAUGCCUCAUUAUCUCCAUUAUCUAUCAUUUAUGAGCUUCUCGAUAAGUGUCCACCAUUCACUGCAAAAAAUGACAAUAUGGCUAGACUGGCGGAUGCGUUCUUUCCGGAGAAUCGAGAUCAUGUUGGAUCGGACGAUGAGUUCAAGUUGGAAGGAGAACGAUAUGCGGUUAUGCGGAGUAUCGAAGAAGUCGAAAUCCAAGCCGCCAAAAAUCGAGAAGAGCUUCCCCGAGACCCCUUUAACGAUGGUCCCCGCUUCCACCAAUCCUCUCACGAACGUGAACGUGGAGAUGAUACAGACCGUCAGAGAGACCGAGAAUAUCUGAAAACCAUCGAUGAAACCGAGAAAUCCGCAAGACCAAUCCGUCCCACAAUUUUGCAUCGCGGACAACAGUCGUCUCAACAAAUGAGUGCUUCACCGAUGGCGUCUGGGAAUCCAUGCUUGCCAAACGCAGCCUGUGCACGUACACUGUAUCAAUUAGAUACUGCGCCAUGUCCAGCUCGCCAAGGAGAUCCGUGUGCUCCAAAAAGACCAUGCAUGAAUGACGACUGUUAUCAUGUUGCACCGCCUGCUCAAGAAGCUCCACCAAUGCCAGAAUGGACAGAAUGGUCCGAGUGUUCGGCAAGUUGUGGAAUAUCAUUAAGAACCAGGCAGUGUCUAGGAGGAAUCUCAUGUAUUGGCGCUGCCACAAUACCAUGUCAAGUCCCAGAAUGUUCGGUUUGGACACUAUGGAGUCCAUGGUCCUUAUGUACUGCGACUUGUGGAGUUGGUGAGAUCCAACGUAGUCGAGUGUGUCAGACUGGUAGGAAUUGUGAAGGUCCCAGUGUGAAUGGAUUACUUUGUCCUGGACCGGCAACUGAAGAGAGACCGUGUGACAAGGGACCAUGCCCGCAUUGGAGUUCGUGGGGACAGUGGGAGAAGUGCAGUAAAGAAUGUGGAGCUGGGCAUACGUACCGCACUCGCGAAUGCAUCGAUGGUGUUUCUUGUGAAGGUGCUUCCGAAGAAAAAGUUCUCUGUAACCAACAACCAUGUCCCGAUUGGUCUCAAUGGACCGCCUGGACAGUUUGCGAUGAACGAUGUGGCGAAGAAUCUAUCCGUCUUAGAAAUAGAAAAUGUCUGAAUGCAGACAAUAAUAAUGCUUGUGAAGGACCUGCGCAAGAUCAAAUGAGCUGUCCAUAUCGAGGUUGUCCAAAAUGGGAAGAAUGGGGUGAAUGGGCGGAUUGUUCCACUACUUGUGGUCAGGGAACUCAGAAAAGACUCCGAAAAUGCGAUGUUGGAAACGAGUGUACAGGUCCCUCGGAAGAGAUGCGUUUCUGUCAAGUGGCUUCAUGUCCUUAUUGGGGAGAUUGGAGUCCGUGGAGUGGGUGCUCUGUUAGUUGUGGACAAGGUGUUUGUGAGAGGACCAGGAAAUGUAUCACUGAUGAAUUCUUACAACUCCCAACAUUAGAAGAAUUGGAAAGAGAUGACUCGCUGGAGAAACAUGAAGCCAAAGAAGCCCUCAUUGCCCGCGCGAAAACAAUUUCCAAGUAUCGCAGAACUAACGAGACCCGAUUAGCUCCCUUCCGGCAGUUGAACCCUGAGCCAGAACUGGGCGGAACAUGCGAUGGACCGGAGAUGGAGACAAAAGUGUGCGAUGCGGGUCCAUGUUGUGUGUGGAAUAGAUGGACCGAGUGGUCUCCAUGCAUCGGAUGUGGAAGAGACGGAAUUUCGAAGAGAAACAGAGUGUGUUCUAUGGAGGGACACUCGCCUGCACCACCUCCAAUCAGCUUCCAAGAUAAUCCAAGAGGCGCCUAUGUGACUGCUAGCGGAGCCGUAGGUCCUAAUCUUCUAGCAGGACUGAGUCCUAUAGUGCCAGUUGAAAUACAUCGAGGAAAGCGUCAAGUACUACUUGGAAUUCAUGCAACACCUCAGUGUCAUUGUCCAGGAGACACUUUCCAGACAAGACCUUGUUUAGAACCAAAUUCUUGUCAAGAUCCCGUCAGGAGAUGUGAAUGGUCAGAAUGGGGAGACUGGUGUGGUUGUAUGAGGUGUAGGCCAGGAAAAGAAGUUCGCCGUAGGUUCUGUGAUAGGAGUCAAGUUGGGGGUCCAAUGCGUCCAGAUUCCACAUGUGAUUGUGGUGAUGGGGAUGACAAUCAAGAAAGACCAUGUCCAAUGGAACGAAGUUGCUAUGGAGAAGCUUCUACUGGCAGGUUUGGCAAUGCAGCUAGUAUGCAGAACUCGGAUCAACGGCAAGAGUUCAGAGGGAAAACUGGUGCAUAUCAGAGCCCAUCAGUCCCACACCAUGGGCGAAACGGUAACGACAACAACCGUCGACUAUCAUCUCAUUCUCGUGGUCCAGACGAAUAUGUUCCAAUUGACUCUGUCAUUGGUAGAGUUCAACUCCGCGCCGGCAAAGAUUCCCAAACAUACAGCAAAAAAGACAACCCAGAAGCAUUUGAAACCACCGAAUUCCCAUAUAAAGUAUGCCAUUGGUCCAAAUGGUCUGAUUGGAGUCAUUGUCACAAUAAUUCCACCAGGGAACGAAAGAGAUUCUGCAUAGGAGAGAAAGACUCUGAGCUGGUGAGUAACUGCGAGUGUGUUGGAAAGCCGCACGAAGAGGAGCCCUGCAACGCCACCGGAUUUAUUGAGCAAAGCAACGAGGAAACAGACAGAGAAAUAGAGAACAAUUUGGAUAAACUUUUGGGAGAGGAUGGAGACUCUGAGGUGGCAGCAGAGAAGCCCCCCGCCGAAGAGGUGAAAUCGAAAGUAGAAAGUUCUAUAGGAAAUGUUCAAUGUGACUGGACACGAUGGUCGCAGUGGAGCGUUUGCACAGCGACUUGUGGAGAGGGCCGUCGGAUGAGACGAAGACGCUGUCCCUGCGGAGAAGCCAAAUGUGGAGCUGGCAUCGAUUCCGAUUCAGAACCGUGUCAAAUUUCCCUCUUCUAUCUGCCCAUUAGGCGGUGCAGGCUUUUUUCUUUUUUAUACAAAACUUCACCAGGCGAAUUUCAGGUAAUUAUGGAUUGGUUUACGAUUCUAGGCGUAUCUGGCUUCAUCGUGGUACUGAUGGUUCUGUCUGGCAUCUCGUCUCGGUUCCUAUGGCUCGCUUUCAUCACCAACUACAUGCCUUGCAGAUACAACUACUUUCGUGGAGAAUACCGAAAAUUUAUAAUGAGCGGAACUGUCCACACAGCUCUCAUUUGUACUUUCUCGAUUAUCCAACUCGUCAUGCUGAAGUAUUCCAUGUCCAUCUCCUGUUUCCUCUGGGGAUCCCUUCAUACGCUCUUCCUCGUCCCGUCAAUCUGUGCGUUGGAAAGGGCAAAUUUAGAUGGAAACCAAAAUUCAGAAAAAAAUUUAAAUUUUUCGGGUACACCUCAGUUUCAUAUUCAACCAUCAAAACAAACGAUAACUACAAUCUACUACCACCUGCUUGUUAUCAACUACAAGUUUCGCGAUUUGGAAACACACUAUGAGAGACAACCAAAAGACUACGAGAAAUCUCUUCUUGUUGAUGCACUCUCAGUGAUAUUGUAUUUCAUAAUUGCCAUAUACUCGUUCUUGCUUUUCAAUGCAGAGGUCUAUUACCCAUAUGGAAUGUACACUUAUCCGAACUACGACCCAGCCACCUAUUUCCAUUACGAUACGUUCAUCACAUCGCUUCGUGUUAUUCAAAUAGGCUCGAGUUCGAUGUUGCUCAUUGAUUUCUCCCGAAUUCUCAAGCACACCUACAGAGUUUACCGAUCCGAUCUUUGCUAUAACGAUAACGACCCAAUCGAUACUUUCAGCCGUAGUAUCAACAAACAGAUCACUCUUCAUGUUCUACAUGAUGUUCCUCUUAUCGUCCCAAUCGUCUACAUGGUUGUUCGUGCUCAUCCAGUUCUACGUCCAAACGUUUUCGACAUCAUCGCCAAACUCUGGGUUUGCAUUCAUCCGAUUGUGUACACUCUCAUCUACAUGUAUCAAAUCCAUCGUCCAACACUCACCACAUCCCCUGAAGCAAUGCAAUGCAAGUGCUGGAAAUGUCGUCCAAAACUCGACGGUACUAAUCGGCCCAUUUGUCGCUGGAUUACGGAAUGGUGUUGCCAGAACAAUCCAAAAGAGGAAGCGCGCGAAGAAGAAAGACGUUGGAUAGAAAUGGGAGAACGAGGAGAGGGCGAAGUAGCCGUGGCGGCGACAGCAGAAGCAGAAGCAACGACGACCGGAGACGAGGCUGCGAAUGCGCAAGAGCAACCGACGGAGACUACUCCGGCAUUGCACACUACCGAAAUUUAUGUCUGA